UCUUGCAUCUGUCAAAUUGUAUAUCGUAAAUGAAUGCAAAAAAAAAGAAGUUGUUUUUUUUUCACUAGUCACCAACAAAACGUUCUCUAUAUUUUAGUGCAAUAAAUUUAAAUAAAAUCACUGACAUAAAAAUGUAAAUUAAUUAUUUAAAAAUUUCUAAUUGCAAGCACAACAAAACACUAUAUUAAUUUUAUAUAUAUAUAUAUAUAUAUAUAUAUAUAUAUAUAUACUUUAAAAAUCAAUAGUAAAAAAAAAUAAUUUAUACUUCAAUCAUGGCAAAUCGUGAGACUUUUAUUAAUUCAAAAACUUCCGAAGAUCAUAGCGUCGAGACAUUGGCUGAGGUGUUUCGCUGUUUUAUUUGCAUGGAAAAACUUCGAGAUGCGCAUCUUUGUCCACAUUGUAGCAAACUUUGUUGUUACACCUGCAUCCGACGAUGGCUUACUGAGCAACGUUCUCAAUGUCCUCAUUGUCGAGCGUCUCUUCAUCUUCAUGAACUAGUAAAUUGUCGUUGGGUUGAAGAAGUUACACAACAACUCGACACACUACAAUCCGUUGGAAUUUCAAAUUCUCGUCCCGACGAUUGCAUUAGAGACAGAUGUACGGUGCAUCAGGAAAAAUUAUCAGUCUUUUGUUGGACAUGUCGACGAUGUAUUUGCCAUCAAUGUGCUUUAUGGGGUGGCACUCAUUCUGGACACACAUUCAAACCACUGGAAGAAGUUUAUGAGGAUCACGUCACACAAAUCAAAACCGAAGUUAGACAAUUAAAACGAAGACUCAUGGAACUUAUAAGUCUCGUUCAAGAAGUGGAGAGAAAUGUUGAAUCCGUGAGAGCAGCAAAGGAUGAAAGAGUUCGUGAAAUUCGCAAUGCCGUCGAAUUGAUGAUAGCGAGAUUGGAUUCACAAUUAAAAGCAAAAUUAUUAACUCUAAUGGGUCAGAAAAAUUCUCUAACCCUAGAGACUGAACAACUUGAGGCGUUACUACAAGAAGUUGAACAUCAAUUGCAUACAUGUACACGUUCUGAGCUUAUAAUCAAAAGUUCCGAUCUCUCUGGAAUGAUUAAUCAGGUUCGAAAGAAGCCUAUGACAAGUUUUGUUACUGCUCCAGUUCCCGCCGAUUUUCACAGCGAAAUUGUUCCUGGCUAUGAUAGUGCAACAUUUGCGAUGCAAAAUUUCACACAAUUACAAUUAAAAGCGGAUCCCGUUUAUUCGGCGCCAUUACAUAUUAAUGGAUUGUGCUGGAGACUCAAAGUUUAUCCAGAUGGAAAUGGUGUUGUACGGGGAAAUUAUUUGUCCGUUUUUUUGGAAUUAAGCGCCGGUUUGCCAGAAACUUCUAAAUAUGAAUAUAGAGUUGAAAUGAUUCAUCAGGGUUCGCAAGAUACAAGUAAAAAUAUUGUACGAGAAUUUGCAUCCGAUUUUGAAAUUGGUGAAUGUUGGGGAUACAAUCGUUUUUUUCGAUUGAAUUUACUUGCGACUGAGGGUUAUUUAAAUACCGAAUUGGAUACAUUAAUUCUUAGGUUUCAAGUACGUCCACCAACGUUUUAUCAACGUUGUCGAGAUCAACAAUGGUACAUUAGUCAAUUAGUAACUCUUCAAAAUCAAUACGCAACGCAAAUAAACGAACUCAAAGAGCGAUUGGCGAUUGAAAUUUCAAGAAAUACAGUAACUGCAACGAGAGCCUCGAGUGGACCUGCACUUAAUAGUCCUUCUUCGGGAGGAAAUGUGAUUUCUCUAACGCAACAAACACAAGGUUCUGGAGAUUUAACAUUUGCCUCUGGUCUCAUGAGAAACGUUGAUUUUUCAACUCCCACUAGAUCGGUGCAAAAUAUUUUAGGUAACGUAAAUCAAACUGGUGUUCUUAUUGAAAAUCAAUUAUUAUCAUUAUGUGAGCCAGGAAAUCUUAAUAUUCGUCCAAUUGGCUCAACGACAACAUUAUCCUCCGUUUCGUCAAAAACAAGUGCAAAGCAAACAAUUAAUUGUUCCACUGAUUCUCCAACGGAUGUUGAAAAAAAUAACGAUAGAUCUGCCGGUGAUUCUCAAAUAGCUGGAAUUAGAUCUCCUUUAACUUCGCAUUCUCCUUCAAUUCAUAAUCAACAAAUUAAUGUCUCCUCUAGUAGUAGUAGCAGUGAAUAUGAGGAAAUUAGCGAACACGAUAUUUAUUUAGAUGAAUGCGAUAAUAAUGAGCCGAAUCUCACUCUUCUCGAUGAUAAUUCCAAUGAUGAAAAUGACGUUGAUGACGAAACAAUGUCAGGUGAAAAUGAUGUUGAAGAUGCUGAAACAUUGAUUCCCUGGAUGAUUAAUAAAAAGGGAAAACAUUCAGAAAAUGUUGAUAUUAGUGAAGAAAAUUGCAGGUCACAAGGCAACGAUAGUCAAAAGCAAAAAUUAAUGUUGAUGCAAUUAUUCAAGAUGCAAAAUAGAAAUUGGUUAUUUCAAGGUCCACUUUAUUUGAAUCGUGUUUUGGAGGAUCCAUUGCAAGAGCAGGAGAAAUAUUUGUCGAAAAUUGUCAAAGUUGAAAACAAAUGGCAAAGUCAAGCGGAACUUGAUUCAUCGCCAGGCAAACAAAAUUCAACAUCAUUUGCGCCACUUUGUAAUAUGAUGAGAUCAAGUCGUUUGGCUAAUAUUUGCCAAUCGGAAAAUGCUGGCAUUCUUUUGCCUUGUCAUCAAACUAAAUCGGAACCAGUAACGAGAUCUAAUUCUAUUGAUUGUGACAAAGGCUUUCCCGAUUUGCUUCUCAGGACGGAGUCGAGAAAAAAUGAUCGAGACGCUACAGAAUUACUUGAUCUCACAAUUCCCAGCGUAGUUUUGACUGACAAGGAAAGUCCAAUGCACUCAACUGCAAGACGUUUGUCAUCGCCACUAACAACAAAUUUAAAUUUAGAACCUGAAAACAGUGAAAUUUUCGAGUUUAAACAAUUACUCGAUACAAUUCAAUUUUCUUCAUUACCACAAAAAGACACCAAAUCAGGAAUCACCAAAAAAAAAAAAAAUUGCUUACAAAAAAGGCCAAUUUUCUUGCCAAAAUUUGAUGAUCAAGCUCCAUGUAGAUCUCCGUCCGAUAAUAUUGAGUGCAUUCCACAUUCGAGUAAUUUUAGUUGGGUGCCACCUUUAUUUCAACACGCACACGGUUCCGAUUCAUCUCCAAGUUCUUCCAGUCACGCAUCAAAUAUAACUAGUCCUACUAAGACUCUUAAGGACAUGAACUCACCGUGAUAUAAAUAUUUAAUCUAAGAUCUCGAAAAAAAAAAUUAUUCGCAUUUGUAAAUACAUAAAAAGAUCAAAGAUCAUUUUCUAAAAGAAAUUUCUAAAAUUUUUAAA